UUUGUCUUUUGUCUGAAACAGACAGCAUCGGGCACUUUGCCAUGAUUUUAGCAAGAAUUAAAACGGAAUAAUAAAUAAGGAUAAAUAAACGUUUAGACGUGGCAUGGAUUCAUUAUCAUUCAUAAAUCAUUAUUGCUUUUGAUUAUUUUCUCCUGUUAUGAGAAGGAACAAAAAACAUGAAUUUUAUCCUAAACCAUUUCGAGGUUAUUCAAGUGUUAGUCUGAAAACACCGAACCUACCUGGCAACCCUGCCUUGGAGCGCACUUGUGCCGCUGUCGUCCACUUCAGACCCAUUGACUGAGAAGCUACAGAGCUGUCACGACUCAUGCAGCCCGAUUUUGAAGCGGAAAAAAAUAUUUUUCUUAUUUUAAACCUGGAAGCUGAAAUACAAGGGACGAUUUAUACUGAGUAAAUCCUCACAGUACAAUACUCCAAUAAAUCGGUGAGCAGAAAUGAUGGUGCAGGAGGUGGAUGGCUCAUCAAGAACCCUUUACUCUUUGCUAAAGUGGAAUGCAUCAGAACUGGACACUGGCAUGGCAGGAGAUAGCCAUCAGGAUUUGGUCUGCAGCUUAAUGUUCCACACAAUGUUCACACAGAACGGCAUCUCGUGAAGCCUUGGGAACUGAUCAUAUUCUGUUACUGCCUCACUGAGGAAGAGAAAUACGGACUGGAGAGACUCCUCUGAGUCCAUCCAUAUCAAUUCAUUCAUGUAGACAAACCUCUAGUGUGAUAUGUACGCUUGCUUUGAGGCUGUGUAUGCUUGUUUGGCCGUGUCAUUUCCUGCUGGUACUUAAGUCAUGCCUCGGAGACCGGAUGUCAGGAGCAGCUGUUGCUUCCCACUGCACUUGAAUGAGGACAAUGCCCGCUUUGGCCUGCUGGCGGUGCUCAUCCUGCUGUACCUGUUCUGUGGGGCACUGGUGUUCUCUGCCCUGGAGCGUCCAUCCGAACUGCGGGCACACCAGCGCUGGGAGGAACAGCUGGCUAACUUCACCCGGCAGCACAGGCUGAGUGUGGAGAGCCUGCAGGCUUUGCUGAGGCACUAUGAGGAGGCCUUCAUCACGGGUAUCCGUGUGGAUGCUCUGAGACCUCGCUGGGACUUCUCUGGGGCGUUCUACUUUGUCGGUACCGUAGUUUCCACAAUAGGUUUCGGCAUGACCACACCUGUGACGAUAGGGGGGAAAGUCUUUUUGAUAUUCUAUGGGCUCAUUGGUUGUGCAGCGACCAUCCUGUUUUUCAACCUCUUCCUGGAGCGUAUCAUCACCAUGUUGGCGUACAUCAUGCGCUGGUGUCAUGAGAGGCAGCUGCGGCGUGCUGGCGUUGGAGGAGAGGAAGCUCGCAGCGAGGAUGACAGCUUAGAAGGCUGGAAGCCCUCCGUCUACUACGUGAUGCUCAUCCUGGGGGUUGCGGCGCUGGUGAUUGCCUGCUGCGCCUCUGCACUGUACUCAUCUAUGGAAGACUGGGAUUACUUUGACUCGCUCUAUUUCUGCUUUGUGGCCUUCAGCACCAUUGGGUUCGGGGACUUAGUGAGUAGCCAGAGGGAGAGCUACAAGGCACAGGAAGCUUACCGACUAGGAAACUGUCUUUUUAUCCUCAUGGGUGUCUGCUGCAUCUACUCACUUUUUAAUGUCAUUUCCAUCAUCAUAAAGCAGACCCUAAACUGGAUCCUGUCUAAGCUGGACUGCAGCAGGUUGCAGUGUCCCUGCCGAGGACGCACCUACAGAAGGCAAGGUUCAGCAUGCUGCUGUUGCUGCCUCCCCGGUCAGCAGCGCAACCAGCACCCCAUGAUCGGAAACCCCCGGCAGAGGGCACAGAAGCGCAAUGCUGUACACCCAGCUCCUGCCAAUGAGGCUGCUCGUAAGCAGCGCUUCACUAAUGCAUCAGUGGAAACAGUGUGCGAUAGUGAGACUGAUCCUGGCCUGGGCCCAGAUGGAGGUUAUCUCACAGGGCACAGACUCUCAGGAGAAAUGAUCUCUGUCAAUGACUUUAUGGCCAACAAGGUUUCUCUGGCCAUUCUGCAGAAGCAGCUCUCAGAGACCGCCCAUGGAAACCCAAGACAGAGCCAUGUUCGGCAGAACGGCUUUUCUGUUGGAGUGGGAGCCUUCGCCAUCAUGAAUAACCGCCUUCAAGAGACGAGUGUCGACAGAUAAUUCAGUCACAGCUGAUCAUAGCAUUUAGCAUUGUCUGGUGUAUUUUCUUGAAUGAGCAGAAAAUUAAAGCAUUGCUUAAUGUUAGAGGAGUGCUUUAGUGCGGAAAUUGGAUUUAGACCAUUUCAUUUAGCCAGUAUUUUAGCCUGUUAAUUGUGUUUAAUGAACCCAGCUACUUAUAGUUUAUUAGCAUUUAGCAUUAUUUAUUAAAACAAAAUGAAACGGACAAUUUCCCAUCACACCAAUCAUCCAAGAUAUGUAUGGUAUUUCAAUUUUAGUUCUGUAGUCUUGCACUGGAGCUAGUCUAUUUAACAAAUCUUUUUCACCUGAAAACCUUGGUUUAAAUAUCCUUAAACCAUAUCCAGUACUUAAGUGAAGCCACACAGACUUGUUGAUGCGCUUUAGGACACUUUUUGGAACUUUGCUGUAUAGCUGAACAUGAGAAUGGUAGUUGACAAGCUACAUUUACUUUGCUACCAUUCCACUUGCUUGAACCCAGUCCAGAAAUUCAAAAUGGAAUUGUACCAGAAAUAUUAAUUAUAAUCAUUCUACUUUGAAUAUAAAUGGGAUAGGUGGACUAUAGCUUAGAUUUUUUCCAAAAUAAUUACAAAUUACAUUACACAAAUUUAAAGCAGUGAUUUAAAGCAGUGGUCCACAAAGUGACAGGGUCCAUGAACCACAGCCAGGGGGGCUGUGAUUUUUUUUCAAUUUAGUUACAGUGGUGGAAAUUAUAAACCACUGUUGUCAAAACCAUUAUAUUUAUUACUGAUCUCUAAUAUUAGGUUAUUUCACUGGUCAUGUCAAUUUAAUGUGUUUAAAUUAAUGUGGUUAUGCGCUUGAGCUGUCAUUUGUUUAUGGGAAGAUUAGAAACGAAAAGCUUUAUAGCUGCAAUUAUUAAAUAAUAUUCUUGUACACAUUUAAAUGAUAUUCAUGAAAUUAAUGUGUGUUGAGAGGGUGUGGGGAUUUUAUUUUAUAGUUAAAGGGUUUCCUGGCUACAAAUUGUUGAGAACUCCAGACUUAAUCACAGAUAUGUGAAUAUUUGGCUAUGAUUUAUAGAAAUAAAUGGAUAGUAAAGACAUGCAUUACUUCUUAACUACAUUACUCAUGUGGCUCCUGUUCAAGACUAAAAAUCAAAACAUCUAAUCCACUACAUUUUGCGUGACAGUAAUAUUAUAUUAUUGUGAUUGCUUAUAAAACCAGACUUUUAAUAUAUGCAGAUGUCCAGAAUUUUAGAUGUAUAUUACUGUCUAGAUGAUGAAGUUAGAAGCACUGCCUAAUUAGGUAAGUAGUUCAUUUCGAACACGUCACAGAGCCAGGCAGUGUUACGUGAUCAUGAUGUUGGUUUAUGCGUGAACAGUUUUCCUCCACUUGAAAAAGACUCGUAUCAAAGUUUCACAUCUGAUCCGAGUAGGAAUGUUAAAGACUGAAGCACUGCAAUUGUAUCAGCUCAUCCGAGAGUCACUUUGGACAGCUGAAGUGAUUGGUUUAUACUGUGAGCAAUCAGACUGGGACUCUGGAGAGCUCCUUCAGUGACCCUUCAGUUCAUACAGACUGAUUUACGAGAGCGGUGCAACCGCCGUCGUGUCACUCUUACACUUUAUACGUCUAAGAUAAAACUGUACAUAGAGCUGCUGUAUAUAUCUAGAGACGGAAUGUAAAACUUGCAGAUACUGUAGACAUUACGGUGUACUAUGUUGUAAAUAGCUUCCCAUUUAUCCACUAGUACAAUAUCCUGUAUUUACAGAAUGAACACUUGAAAGGGCAGAGAAGUGAUUCAUGGGCAUAUUGCAUGCCGUAUUUCUUCCGUAGCCUGUGUACUGCUUCCCUCUCUUGUUUGUUGAUUCUUUCUGAGGAACUCUGGUGGCCCCAUUGUUACAACAGCAUCAACAGGAUGAUGUUACCAAACACAGAGUAUUCUCAUGACGUAUUCAGGAGUGUAAGCUGAGGAGUUACGCGUUGGUGCCCCCUCGAGGCUCAAAGAUUAGAUGGUUAGCGAUUACAAACCUCUUCCUCAAAACUACACUUUAUAAUAAUGAUAGAUUAUAAGCAACCAGUGAGCUUUUGUCUCAUAAUGAAUACCUAAGAUGCAGUAUUAGUACCAUCUUCUACAUCUUCAUCAACAGCCUCUAUUAAAUGCCACGAUUUUAUUAUGUUCAUGCAGGCCUUCUUCAGCUGUGUAAAUGUUGUUGUUGUUUUUUCGACUGCUCCCUGUUCUGGGUCUCCACAGCGGAUGAUUUGGUCCUAACAUCCCACAUCUCUUAGUUGAACUGUUGAAUUCUUCAAACUUGAACUGAUUGGAUCUUCUAUAACAGCAGCUCUGACACCUUUAGAUUAAUGUCCCAUUCUAGUACUUUAUUAUUUCUGUAGUAAACAGCUUACACUGGGACUUGUAUAAUAUGUGUAAUUGUUGACAUGGUAACGUUUUCUGUUAGGAGAAAUUUAACAUUUAUGUCCUCAUGACUGGAACUGAGAAACCCUGAGCUUGCUGUGUAGCACUGACAUAUACUUACCUUUUUAUACAGACAGAAAUUACUUGAAUCCAGAAAGUUAAGUCAAUUUUGAGACAGUGGUGGCUCAAGUGGCUCUGGGUUGAUGAUCGGAAAGUUGGGGUUCAAGCCCCAGCAAGUUCCACUGUUGGGCAAUUGAGCAAGGCCCUUAACCCUCCCUGCUCCAGGAGUUAUGUAUCAUAGCUGCCCCUGCACUCUGACCCCAACUUCCUCAGCUGGGAAGCGAUAUCUUUUUCUAAUAGAGGUAAACCCAAACUUGAGUGAUUGACCCAAUAGUCCUGGUUUAUGACUGAAAACCAAAAGAUGCUCUAAUGUGACUAACCCUUUGUUAUGAUCUUGGGAAUGGCUUUGGUUAUUGUUGGACUGUAGGAUGAAUUUUCUUUUUGAAAAAAGUUAAUAAAUUAUAACUUAAAAUUAUAUAGCAUGGAAUUGUUAUGCUCUGAAAGGAUGAAAAUAUUUAUUAAACACUGGAAAUAUUGGGUUGGAUUUAGCUUUUUUUUUAAAAAAACUCAUCAUUACAGAUGGUACAAUCUUGCACAUUGUUAAAAAACAUAAUGUAUAAAGUGUUUUGACUCCACCAUGAACGGCUAGAGAGAGGUCGCUAAAUUCAUGAAUACAGCUGCUUUCAAAACAAGAUAAUAGCUAGAUUCAUCUAAAAGGUUUAGAAAAUAGUUGCUUCAAUUGUUAACCUUUACAGAUGAAGUCUGAGGUGAUACCUUAUACUAUAUAAAACCACAGCCGCUACAAAUAAAUCCACAUUUUAUUAA